AUGGCGAGAAGCAAUAGAUUGCUGCUUAUAGUGACAGUGGCCACGACUGUAUUGGUUGUAACUCAGUUGGUGCUUAUUAAAAAAGAGUCGACGAUUUAUUUUGACAAAGGACAGCCGUUGAAGCUACAGAAUAAUGAGACAGCAACGUUGACGAACGUGCUAGUGUUUGAGGAGACCAAAGCCCUUCCAGUUGUUUUAAUGCAUGGAAUGGGCGAUGCUGCGAAGAACGGAGGAAUGACGCGUAUUCAAAAGACAAUAGCAGAGCAUCUUGGAGUUUAUGUGGCUAAUAUUCAGCUAGGCAACACAGUGAAUGAAGAUGUAGAGAACAGCUAUUUUGUCACAAUGGACAACCAGACGGAGAUGUUUGCCAAAAUCGUGCGACAGGAUGCGCAAUUGGCACAUGGAUUCAAUGCGGCAGGAUUUUCUCAGGGCAAUUUGUUGAUUCGCGCGUAUAUUGAGCGUUUCAAUGACCCACCGGUUCACAAUUUUGUUUCUUUUCAUGGACCGCUUGCUGGUGUAGGCGGUUUACCGCGGUGCUCUCCUUUGAAUUUUGUCUGCAAGGAAAUUGACAAGCUUAUUGGGGAAGCCGUAUACACUAAAAGGGUUCAAGAGCACAUUGCGCAGGCAAACUACUUUCGAGACCCUCUUCGCAUCGAAGCCUACCUCAAGCACGCUAAAUUUCUUCCUGAUGUCAAUAACGAGAAGACAUUUCCUAAUCAGACGUACAAGAAAAACUUCAUAAAACUGCAAAGUCUCGUGCUCGUUCGCGCCAACCAGGACACCCAGGUUUUUCCAAAAGAGUCGGAAUGGUUUGGUAUGUACCAAGAUGGCGAUUCAUAUAAGACUGUGCUAGGCUUCAACGAGACGAGAUGGUAUCGAGAAGACUUGUUUGGGCUGAAAACUCUUGAUGAAGCUGGCAAAGUGCACUUUUUGUCGACGGAUGGAGAUCAUUUGAGAUUUUCCAUUGAAUUCGUAUUGGGCGUGGUGGACAAGUAUUUCUGUUCCCAGUUUAUGUGCAGAUAA